AACUUCCGGUACCACACGUGUUGCAUUCAACACAAUAGGAUCUUCCACAAAAAGGAUAUUAUCCGAGGUAUUAUCUGUAAUUGGCUGUCAAAGAGAAGAGCGUAAUGAGGUCUAGAGCAAUACAGGAUACCAGGCAGUUGUUCCUGUGGUCGAUGGGAGCCAUCUUUCUCUUUGCAUUCACUUCAAUUUUUAUUCAAAUACCAGGUCUUUAUGGGCCAAAUGGUCUCCUCCCAGUGUAUAAUGUAGUCCCGACACUUAAAGAGAACCAGACAUUAUACGAGCACUCUCAGUCGUUUUAUUCAUUCCCGUCUCUUUUAUUGUAUUCAAAUUAUUUCUCCCUCCCUCCCGAGUAUGCGAUGGAGCUGGCCUGUAUUGUUGGGAUUAUUUUAAGUUUUUGUGUAAUUGUAUUUCAGUCCAUGAGGUGUUCCCUUGUAUUCCUCCUCAUCUGGCUAAUGUAUCUCACUGUACACGAGGUGGGGCAGACUUUUAUGUACUUUCAAUGGGAUUCAUUGUUAUUAGAAGCUGGCAUUAUAUCUGUACUGGUGGCGCCUCUCAAUUUGACAUUUUGGAGAAAACCCAUAGCAAGGCCACACGACAGUAGUUCAUUCUGGUUGGUUCGUUGGUUAUUAUUCCGCCUCAUGUUUGCUUCAGGAGUAGUCAAACUGACAUCACAGUGUCCAACAUGGUGGGGUCUCACAGCAUUACGCUGGCAUUAUGAGUCCCAGUGUAUUCCUACUCCUUUUGCUUGGUUUGCUCAUCAGCUCCCAGACUGGUUCCAGAGUUUGAGUGUUGUUGGAACUUAUUACAUCGAAAUAUUGGUCCCAUUCUUUUUUUUCUUUCCCAUUCGCUCAAUUAGGCUAUUUGCAUUUUUAAAUCAAGUUUUUUUUCAAAUUUGUAUUAUAUUGACCGGAAAUUAUAAUUUCUUUAAUUUAUUAACUCUUGCUCUAUGCGUCUCACUGCUUGACGAUGCUUUCCUUGACUCCACCCCUUUUUGGCAGAAACGAAAAGUUCCAAUGGAUUGGAGUCGCAGAAUGCUAAAGUCAUGGUGUGGCAAAAGGAGCUCUUUCAUUCAUGCUUUUCUUCGUUUAGUUGCUUUUAUUUUAAUUGUGGGCGUGUCUGUAGGUGUGGCAGUACAUUAUUUCAACUUACAAGUGUCUGGUGGCAAAAUACUAAGCAGUGUUGGUUUCUCUAUGGAUGAGUUCAAUGAUUUUGUAAGGCUCUUCCUUCCCUUGUCAGUAUUAAUCGGUUGUGCCUCUUUGUUCCUAGAACUAUGGCAUUGUCUAUUAGAUUCGCUCUCCAAACACGGGCUGUUCAACAAGCUGUGGUCUGUGGCACAAACUGUUAUGAUGUUAGCCUCAAUCAUUGUCAUGUUUAUGAUCACAUUAAUUCCACUGAGUUAUCUUGAUGAUGGAUCAUUUCAUUCUCUCAUACCGUCAGAAAUCAAAUCCGUACACACUGCCCUCCAGCCGCUCCACUUCACUAGUUCUUAUGGUUUGUUUAGAAGUAUGACAGGUGUUGGUGGUAGGCCUGAGUUGAUCAUUGAAGGCUCUAAUGAUGAGAAUGGCCCUUGGAGGGAGUACGAUUUUUUGUACAAGCCGUGGUCAUCCUUACAAACCACUUCCACUAGUUGUUUCAAUCAGUCUGGCCCAUGGUGGACUAGGAGUUUCCAAAAAGACUAUCUCUUUUCUCUUUCACUGGAUCACACUGGACUGCAGGAGUAUCUCCAAAAGAAUAACAUGCUGAAUAUUCCAAAGUCAUCAUGUGAUGUUCAGUACAUUUGUUCGUUCAUCGACCAAAUAAGGUCGUACUCGAGACUCCUCCCACCAACUGAAAUAUGUCUAGCAAUGCUUACCAUGGCAACGAUUCUACAGCUCACGCUGGCGAUGAUGUCCAAUUUGGGUCAGGCCAGAGCUGCCGAUUAUAAAGUAAAGCCUUUGGCUCCUCAGCCAAGACAGGGUCAGGAGAAUGGAGGAAAAGGAGCUCUUGCUAAAAAGGACAAAUCUCUGAGUGGUAAUAAAGAGAAAGGCUCAGGCAAGAAGAAUAAAAAGAAUAAUAAUGGAGGGAACUGA